UCUGGUCUUGAGUUCUGCUCAGACUUCCCUCGUGAUGGAGUGCGAUCGCAGAGCUGUAAGCUGAAGUGAACCCUUUCCUCCCAAGUUGCUUUUGGCCGUGGCAUUUUAUCCCAACAGUAGAAAAUUUAACUAAGAAAGGAUUCAACUUUAGAGAUGAGGAGACAGGUCAGGGGGAUAAAGUCCUAACGCCGGAGUUCGGAUGUUAGCGAUCACCACAGGGUUCUUACCAAGACUCGGGGGACGUGGUCGCGUGGGCGUGGUCUCGUCACUGGGCGUGGUUUCCGGGCUCUCCACUGCAAGCUGCAGACUCGGACUUCGGAGCACUAACUAGCCUAGGACCAUGGAGCCGGUGCCGCUGCAGGACUUCGCCAGCCGCCUGGACCCCGCCUCCCUUCCGCGCGUGCUGCGGGUCUGCUCUGGAGUCUACCUUGAAGGUUCCGUCUACGAACUUUUUGGGAGUGAGUGUUGCCUCUCCACGGGGGACCUGAUCAAGGUCACCCAUGUUCAUCUUCAGAAGGUAGUCUGUGAAAACCCAGAGACGGGUCAGACCUUGGAGCUCAACCCCAACUUCACAGGCCUCUUCAGCACACUCACCAGCCUGCAGAGCUACAGAACCCUGGAGGAGCUCGUCUCUGCCAUGCCCCAGACCUCCACACGGUGGCCCAUUUGCUUCAAGUCAACUGAAAGAAUUGUCACAGAGGCCACAGUGGUACCUGCGGGUCAGCUGCUCAGGCUCGAAGCUGUGGAAAUACACCAUGGGACCCAGUAUGCACGCUGUGUCCAGGACUCAAAGACCCAGGAGAUCAUCCAUUAUCUGCCCCUUUCCCAGAAGGGAACCUUCUGGAGAUGCAAGCCUGGUGCCCCACAAACCCUGCUCGAAAUCCUGCAGGACCCAGCUAAUCAGGGCCUUAUGCUCACCUGCCCCAGCCUACCCUGGCGCUCGGUGAUCCUGAAGUCCGAGUACAUGCUCCAGGCAGUGAUGCACAUGCGCCGCACCAUUGCCAAGAUCCCAUCCAGCCUGGAGGUGGAGGUAGAAGACGUCACCGCCUCCUCCCAGCAUAUCCACUUCAUCAAGCCACUGCUGCUGAGCGAGGUCCUGGCCCAGGGAGGCCCCUUCCCUAUGACCACAGAGAUCCUGGAGGUUCCUGAGGGCCCUCCCAUCUUCCUCAACCCGUGGGUGGGCUCCCUACGCAAAGGCCAGAAACUCUGCAUCUACGGGCCAGCCUCGCCACCCUGGCGGGUCGUGGCCACAAGCAAGAGCCGAAGGGUUCCCAGAUACUUUAUCCUCUCUGGGGCCUACCAGGGCAAGCUGAGGCGGAGGCCAAGGGAGUUCCCCACGGCCUAUGACCUUUUGGGUGCUCUCCAGCCAGGCCGACCCCUCCGGGUGGUGGCCACAAAAGACUGUGAUGGGAACGAAGAGGAGAAUCCUGAAUUUUCUUUCCUGGCCGUGGGUGACCGGCUGGAGGUGCUGAGGCAAGGCCAGGUCUGUGGGACACAGGGCCAGGACAUAGAUGUCUUGGUAUGUCAGCGGCUGAGUGAGCAGGCAGGGGAGGAAGAGGAGGAGUUGGGAGAGGAAGAGGAGGAAGGAGAGAACACAGAACAGAUUCUGCUACCCCUCUACCUCUCUGGUGCCUUUGUGGAGGAGGUGAGUGAUAGCCGGCGCUAUAGCCUAGCAGAUCUCACUGCCCAGCUCUCCCUGCCCUGUGAGGUCAAGGUGGUGGCCAAGGAUGCCCAGGAACUUUCUGACCCUCUGGUCUCCUUCCCGGGCCUGCGGCUGGAGGAGAAGAUCACAGAACCCUUUUUGGUGGUAGGCCUGGACUCCCAGCCAGAAAUGCGCUUUGAGAUUCCUCCCCGGUGGCUGGACCUGACUGUGAUGGAAGCUGAGGGGCAGCCAGGCCAGGUGGCUGAACCACGCUCUGUCGCUAGGGUGGAGGAACUGUCAGAAGGUUUCUACUACAGUCUCCGGAAGCUGCCGGCCUCUGAGAGCCAAGCUCCUCCACCCAGGCCCCCAAAGAGCAAGGGUGUCAGUGAGCAGAAGCAGAGAAAUCAGAGCUGCAAGGAGGCCAGUGUGAAGUCUCAGGUUAUAGGACAACAGCAAUCCUACCCACAGCCUGAACCCAAGGCGAAGACCUUGGAAGAGCUCCCCAAGGACAAAUCAAAUUUGUACAGCAAGAUUCCUGUCCAUAAAAAAGACCUUAAGUCCAAAACCCAAACACAGGAUUCAGUGCUGGGCAAAUACUCCAUAACUGAGUCAUAUCCCCUGUCUGACUCAGAUAUAGAUGACCACGACUAUGAAGAAAUUUGAGGUGCUGGGGAGCCACACUUCCCAGCUGCUGCUGUACAUGAAGUUGGGAUACCAGCUAACUCUUGGGAGACCUGGGGCAAAGUCACAUGUUGGCACAGAACUGAAAUGGGACAGACACUAUUCCCACCUCCUAUGGGUUCCAGAUUCCUGCCUCUGCCUGGUCCCGGGAGGUUGCGAGAAACCAUUCAAGUUCUGUUCGCUCCUGUGCUCAGCAGUUGUCCCACAACUGGGCGCAGAAAAGAUUCAAACGAGACCACCAGCUUCAGCAAUGCCUGCUCCCGGUAAAGGGACCUCAGUCCUCAUUGCACACCCUGCUCUACCACUUCUGCAGUCCAGGCUCUGGGCCUGGGGCAGACAGCAUUCUCAUGUUGGUAGAAUCUAGCUCACGACAGCACACAGUCAAUGGGCUUGUAUGAAUAAAUGUGGGAAUUUGCCUCCAAGAACAAAAUCUUAGGUAGGACUUUAGUUCUCAAGAUCCGUUAGUGGAACUAGGAGAGCUAAUUUACAUAGAAGGACCAGAGAGAGCUGGGCGGUGGUGGCGCACGCCUUUAAUACCAGCACUUGGGAGGCAGAGGCAGGUGGAUCUCUGUAAGUUCGAGGCCGGACUGGACUGACAGCCUCCAAAACAAUACAGAGAAACCCUGUCUCGUAAAACAAAACAAAACAAAAAAACAAAAAAAAAGGACCAGAGAGAUGGCUCAGUGAUUAAGAGCCCUUUGCUGCUCUUGCAGAGGAUCCAAGUUCAGUUCCCAGCUCGUACAUCAGGUAUCUCAUAACUGCCCGUAACUCCAACUCCAGGGUAUCCAACAUCUGCUUCUGAAUUCUGUGGGCACUGCACUCAUGUGCAAAACCCUGCCCCCCAACACAAAAAUAAGACACAAUUAAAAAAGCUUAAAGCUGG